AUGAAGGAUUUGGAUGUCAAGGCAUGGGAGUAUCUUGCUGACAUCAACCAUGCACAAUGGUUUAAGUCUCACUUUAGUAGUAGAGCUUUGUUUGACUGUUUAGCUAAUAACUUAAGUGAGUCUUUUAAUGCCAUGAUCUUAGAAGCUAGGGAUAAGCCAAUUUUAGCAAUGUUGGAGUGGAUCAGAGUUAGGCUUAUGACCAAACAAUACAAAAAGAUGAAAGGUAUAGCAAAAUACACUGGAAAGAGACAUGUGGUUGACUUGGCUAAGAAAGCAUGCAGCUGUAGGAAUUGGGAUUUGACAGGACUUCCUUGCAAACAUGGGAUCUCUACUAUUGUUAAGAACCUAGAGAAAGUGGAGGACUAUGUGCAUCCUUGUUACUUGAAAGAGACAUUUGCUGAAACUUACAAAGAGAUAAUACAGCCAAUGCCUGGCCAGUCUGAGUGGGUUGAGACUAACCAACCUGCUCCUAUUGCUCCUCAUGUGUAUAAACCACCUGGCAAACCACCAAAGUAA